GGGGAAUACCAACUCUUCUCUUUCUCUUUUUUAACUCACAACUCACCCGCAGACACACAAUCUCUUCUCUCUUUUUUCUCCCCUCCACUCCACUCCCACUCUCCGACCCCUGUUUUGUCUGUCCCCUUCCUUUUCUCUUUUACUGCACCCCAAGAAACCUAUGUAGUUCAGACCUCCGAGAAUCGAAGCUAGAGCUUCUCGGCUACAGAGAAAUAAAAGAGAAAAGGUUAACGUAUUCUUGUUGUAUUGCUCUUCUGCACUUCUACCCCUACGGAUUUCCUAUCCGGUUUCUCACAGAAUUGUAAAUGGAAGCUUCAUCGCCUCUCUCAGUCCCACAAACCCCACAAGACAAUCCGAAAGUCUCUCCGAAACCAUUAAAAAAAGGCUUUGUUAGUUCGUUAAUGGAGGCCACUUCACUUCGCUCUCCUUCCUUCAAAGAAGACACCUACUUUAUCUCUCACCUCAAAGCUUCAGAGAAGAAGGCUCUGCAGGAACUCAAAGAGAAGAUGUCGGCCUCUCAAGGGUCUGAAUCUAUGUGGAAUAUUCCCCUUUUGGGUGGAGACGAGAAGGCUGAUGUAAUUCUGUUAAAGUUUCUCCGAGCCAGGGAUUUCAGGGUCUCUGACGCCCUCACCAUGUUGGAGAAAUGCUUAGCCUGGAGAAAAGAGUUCGGUGCAGAGAACAUUUGUGAUGAGGAUUUGGGGUUUAAGGAGCUUGAAGGCGUGGUGGCUUAUAUGCAUGCUUAUGACAGAGAAGGCCAUCCCGUUUGUUAUAAUUCUUACGGGGUCUUCAAAGAUAAGGACAUGUACGACAAGGUUUUUGGGGACGAAGAGAAGAUGGAGAAAUUUCUUAGGUGGAGAGUUCAAGUGCUCGAGAGGGGUAUAAACCUUCUCCAUUUCAAGCCUGGGGGGAUAAAUUCGAUUAUACAGGUGACUGACCUGAAAGACAUGCCCAAGAGAGAGCUCAGGGUCGCCUUCAAUCAGAUCCUCUCUCUGUUUCAGGAUAAUUAUCCUGAAAUGGUGGCUCGGAAGAUAUUCAUCAACGUUCCAUGGUACUUCAGUAUGUUGUAUGCAAUGUUUAGUCCAUUCCUCACCCAACGGACCAAAAGCAAGUUCGUGAUCGCUAGAGAAGGAAAUGUUGCAGAGACCCUUUACAAGUACAUAAGGCCAGAGAACGUUCCAGUUCAGUACGGUGGGCUGAGUCGAGCCGUGGAUAUGGAGAGCGGUCCGCCAAAGCCGGCAUCGGAGUUCACCGUCAAAGGAGGAGAGAGAGUGAACUUAGAGAUAGAGGGAAUUGAGGGUGGUGCAACCAUAACUUGGGACAUAGUGGUUGGUUGUUGGGAGUUGGAAUACAGCGCAGAGUUUGUGCCUAGCACAGAGGGAAGCUACACGGUGGUGAUCGAAAAACCGAGACGAGUUGCAGCUUCAGAACAACCGGUCCACGCCUCCUUCACGUCGAAGGAGCCGGGAAAGAUGGUUCUAUCCAUCGAUAACACUAAAUCUCGGAGAAAGAAGGUUGCGGCUUACCGAUAUUCCGUGCGCAAACCCAUGGUGCUUUAAACCUGCUUUUUCGUUACAAUUACAUAAAUAGCCCGCCAGAACGUGGGCAGGGCAGGCCUGGCGCGAGUCAAGUAUGCAUGUAUGAGGAAGGGUGAUGGUAUUAUCGUCAUUAAAAGAGGAAAUGCAGGUUACUUUUGUCCCUUUAAAUUAUUAUUAUUAUUUUCUCGUA